AUGCUGGCCACAGUGCCACACCACCGCACACCCGACCUUCUCCUCCCUCGACCCAUGCUCCCCAUGCCAGAGGCUGGGCGCGCCCGUCCAAUCAGGCCGGCCGGAUUCGCCAGUGUGCAGCCCACACACGCCAUCCAACCAAGCGCAGCGACGCCUCCGUCAAACGCCUUGUGCUGCCAGCCCACCCUGCAGUGGAGGUUGCAGCAGCCCGCCAUUUCCAGGUGGGCAGACGGACGGUUCGUAUCAUCCGCCUGGCAGCCUCCUCCUCACACCACAAUCAUCCUAGACAACGGCCUGGAGACGCAAAAGCGCACCCGAGGCAAGCAUCUCACUGCCCGCUGGAGGAUCGCGGUUUCCCAGGGUUGGGUCAGUCACACACCCACGGAUGACCGCUCAGCCCGUCACCCCCCGUCAUUCACUCGCCACACUCUUUUGAAAGGGGCCCACUGUCCAGGCUUCCGCCGGGGCCCUUGUCACACCACCGCCAGUUGGAGCCACCUGUCCCAGCUUGCCCCAUUUUUGGCGCCCAGCGACACUCAGCCAACCCAGCCCAGCCAGCCAGUCCAGCGGCAACAGUCGGUUGCCUUUGGUCCCGCGGUGUCGCCACUCCGCUUCGCCAUUCACGCUCCUAACAUCGGACACCCAGGAGGAGUCACUGCCUUGCCUCUCUCCACCCCCCUGGCCCCAACUAAGGUCCCAACUAAGGUCCCAACUACCCGUCCUCCCUGGUCACUGCUGGUCUACCUGGCCGCCGCCCCCUGA